GCGCGAACACUCGCUGUGACUUGCGAAUCUAAAUAAACAAUCCCUUACUUCCUAUCGAGUUUUGCAGCUGCAUAGAGUGGUGAGGUCGUCAGUAGAUCGGUGAAACCUUCGGCGCGUCACAACUGGCAUCCAGAGAAAAGCAGCACCAUGAAGGCCCUGAUCCUUGUUGGUGGCUAUGGCACAAGGCUUCGGCCUCUCACACUAACGGUUCCAAAGCCCAUCGUGGACUUUGCGAACAAGCCCAUGAUUAUCCACCAGAUAGAGGCUCUGAAGAACGCUGGAUGUAACGAGGUGGUACUGGCCAUCAACUACCAGCCAAAGGUGAUGAUGGACUUCCUGAAGGAGUGGGAGGAGAAGCUUGCCAUCAAAAUUACCUGCUCACAGGAGAAGGAGCCUAUGGGCACAGCAGGCCCCCUGGCACUGGCGAGUGAGAUCCUCAAUGACGGCAGCGGCGACCCAUUCUUUGUCCUCAACAGUGACGUGAUCUGCGAGUUCCCUCUGCGGGACAUGCUGGCAUUCCACAGGAAGACUGGUGCAGAGGGGACCAUCCUGGUCACACAGGUGGAGGAACCAUCAAAGUACGGCGUGGUGGUGACUGACGACUCUGGCAGGGUGGAGCGCUUCGUGGAAAAGCCCAAGGUGUUUGUGGGCGACAAGAUCAACGCAGGCAUCUACUGCCUGAGCCCGGCGGUGCUGGACCGCAUCGAGAUGCGGCCGACGUCGAUAGAGAAGGAGACUUUCCCGCUCAUCUGCCGCGACGGCAAGCUCUUUGCCUACACCCUCCCCGGCUACUGGAUGGACGUCGGCCAGCCCAAGGACUACCUCACAGGGCUGCAGCUGCACCUGACCUCAUUGAGGAGAACGGCGCCUGAGACGCUGGCGAGCGGGCCAGAGUUUGAGGGCAAUGUGAUUGUGCACGCGAGCGCCAAGAUCGGCAAGGACUGCAAGAUCGGCCCCAACGUGUCCAUCGGCAUCGGCUGCGAGAUCGACAACGGCGUCCGCAUCGCCAACUCAGUGCUGCUCCACCGCGUCAAGGUGAAGGACUUUGCGCGCGUGAAUGAUAGCAUCAUCGGCUGGGGCUCGUCUGUGGGCAAGUGGGCCAGGAUAGACAACAAGUCAGUCAUCGGAGAGGACGUGCACGUCAAGGACGAGGUGUUCCUGAAUGGCACAAUUGUGCUGCCGCACAAGGAGCUCAAGGAGUCUGUUCUGGACCCAGGCACCAUCAUCAUGUAAUUGCAGCUGUGCACGUUCUGUUCCUGCCGAAUGACCUGAAUGUCCUGCAAAAUGACAUCUUUAUUUGGCCAGGAGGACGAUGUCUCCAGAGCUGAUCUCAUCAGUGGAAGUAAGUGGAAGUGACAGGCAGGGAUUAUUGUAUUCAGCAGCCGGGGAUGCAAACACAUGUAUGCUGCACUGAACAUGAUAACUGUACGAAGUCAUUUGCAGAGUGCAGCAAGGAAUGUAGACUGGGGUAGCUGCACUUUUUUGUGGAUGAGUUCUUGGUGCGCAUGCGGUGUUUAACACUUGUACCGUACUUCAGGAAGUGACUUCAGUGCAAAUCAUUGCAAGGGUAAUCGAAAUACCAUCU